GGCUACUAUGAUGCGAAUAUGAACGUCGUGUCAUUUCGGUGUCACGCCACUAUGGUGAUCCGGUGUACUUAGGUACUGGUAUCUACGGAAACAGAGACAGCGGGCUGUAAAGAUGUUGUGACACCAUCAUCAACACUGAGCUCUGUAUCAAGGCUGCUUUAUCACCUACCGGUAUAUAGUAGGUAAGUGGAAAGGACGGGUUUAUAACAAGACAUCAAGGCAUCGCGGAAUAGGGGCAUAGAAGCACAAGCUUGGAUUAUUAUUGCCAUUAUUGUCUCCAUGUGCCUACCUACCUCCUGUAUACAUAUAUGUAUAUCAUAGAUGCAGGCUACCCGAGGUGUAGAAUGCAGGUACGUACCGGCAGGCGAGCAUCAGUGGUAUAUGGUACAUUAUGGAUGUCAUCUACCCACGUUACUUUAGGUACUAUGGAAGAGGUAGUAGAAGCCAAAACCAAAAAGAAGACGGCGACCACCAUCAUAAUUGCCCCUCCCCCAUUUACCAUUUAUCAUCACCCAAGACAAUCGCGCCAUCGUGAACUCAGCUAGCGGCAGUCGAUAAAUAGCUCCCGCGCCAGCCCCUCCUCCUUGCAACAGUUUUCUGCUUCUCCAUUCCUUAGACCAUUAUUCUCUGUGAUACCCAUCCCUACCUUGUCUUUUCUUGCCAGCUAUAUCUUCUUAUCAACACCUUCCUCACGGCCUUUACUAUCACCAUCGUAGACAGCUCUCAACCGUCAUAAUGGCUUCCGAAUCUCGACCCGAACCUCUCCGCCUCGGCACUGUGGCCCCGAACUUCAAGGCCGACACCACCAACGGUCCCAUCGACUUCCACGAAUUCGUUGGCAACAAUUGGGUCGUUUUCUUCUCCCACCCUGAGGACUACACCCCCGUCUGCACCACCGAGCUCGGCGCCUUCGCCAAGCUUGAGCCUGAGUUUAGCAAGCGUGGCGUUAAGUUGAUCGGCCUGUCUGCCAACACCUUGGGUAGCCACGAGGGAUGGAUCAAGGACAUUGAUGAGGUUACUGGCGGCAAAGUCUCCUUCCCCAUUAUCGCCGAUAAGGAGCGCAAGGUUGCCUACCUAUACGAUAUGAUUGACUACCAGGAUACCACAAAUGUCGACGAGAAGGGUAUCGCUUUCACCAUCCGUUCUGUCUUCAUCAUCGACCCUAACAAGAAGAUCCGAACCAUUCUAUCUUACCCAGCGUCCACUGGCCGUAACUCGGCCGAGGUGCUGCGCAUCGUCGACUCGCUGCAGACCGGCGACAAACACAAGAUCACCACCCCUAUCAACUGGGUACCCGGCGACGACGUCAUUGUCGCCCCGUCCGUUAAGGACGAGCAGGCCAAGGAGCUAUUCCCUGGUUUCCGCACUGUUAAGCCCUACCUUCGCUUCACCACCCUACCCUCGCAGUAGAGCGAUCCUAUCUCGACUUUAAUUUGGCUAGUCAGUCUUAACCGUGUUGAAUCGGGAAUAAUAUGAGUUGAUGGCAGUGGAACAUGAGCCUAGUUAUAUAUAGCUUGUAAAUAAGGAGUCGCUCGCUCGUGAUUACCAUCGAAAAUAAUAGGACUAGUGACCUAGGUAAUAAAAUCAAAGCUUGAGGAAAUCACCUAUAACCGAGCAUGUUAACGCAAAACACAUUCGUAACCCCCUUGAUCUUACCUAUAGACAACUAAGAUGAAAAUCAAACUGGGGCACGAGAUCGGCACAGUAACAGGGGCUAUGAAAUUGCAGCAAAC